UGAGGUCCAAAGGGGAAUGGUCGUGUCGACAUUUUGAGUUCAGACUCGACUGAGUUAACACUAGUUGCGGCAUUUAAUAUGUGUUAAUUUUUUUUGUAUCAACUGGUGCAGUUUUAUUUAUAACUCCAAGUGCAUAUUAACAACAAUAUGAGUAAUUAAGAUACGUCAUCAAGCCGGAUAAAAUAAUCGAGUACCGACAAAGUAUAAUUGUAUUUAAAAUAUAAAAAUGACUAAAAUGGCGUCAACAAAGUCGAAGGAAAUCGUGGAGGAGUACAGCUCGUCGCUUUCGGACUUGACAAUUAACAGCAAGCCUCUUAUAAACAUGCUCACGAUGUUAGCAGAGGACAAUGUCGAACAUGCAUCGGCCAUCGUCAAAGCGGUUGAGAACCACUUGUUAAAGGUUUCAAGUGAUGUCAAACUACCGGUCCUUUAUCUCAUCGACUCGAUCGUCAAGAAUGUUAGUGGAGCUUAUUUAAAACUCUUCACUGAUAAUAUAGUUAGCAUAUUUUGUAGUGUCUUUGAAAAGGUUGACGAGAGUACCAGAUUGAGCAUGUGGAAGUUGCGGCAAACGUGGGGUGAAGUAUUCCCAGCAAAGAAAUUAUUUACACUGGAUGUACAUGUUCGCAAUAUAGACCCAGCGUGGCCAGUACCAAAUACGCCUAUUUCGAGUGGUUCUAUCCACUUCAACCCUCGUUUUUUGAAUGUGCCCUCGGCUCCAACUCCAGCGGCACCAACACCUGCAGUACAACAACUACCUGCUAGUAAAGUUCCUUCUGUGGAACCAGCGACUGUAAAUGAAGCGGUAAUGCGUGAGCAAUUACUCAAAAAACAAAAAGAGCUUCUUGAGUUACAGAAACAGAAAAUUGAGUUGGAAUUACUGCAGGCUAAAACGAGCCUUGAGCAGCAACAAAAACAGACGGCUUUGGCCAAAACGGAAUCGUUAAUACCGACACCCAUUAUUCCGGAAGUUGCUGAAGAAAAACCGGUAGUUGCUGCGGUAUCAAAUCUAGCAACCAAACAAAUUGCAAAACAGUUUCCAGCAGCCGCAGCCUCGCUACUAAAGAACGUGGGUACUAACAAUGGCCCCCGAAUAGCACCAGCAAGCAGUCUACUGGUAGCAUCAGCGCGUCCAGUGUCACGCGACCCUCGUAUAAAACUCCCUCCAGGAUCGGAGCAGCAGAGCUGUGAUGUAGACUCCCGUCUGCGCCCAAGCACCUUAUCAUCAUCGUUGACAUCAUUAACCAACGAUUUACCGUCUAAAACACAAUUAUCAAAGAAUCAACAUGCCGCGUUAAACACUGUACUUUCAGAUCACGUAAUAAAACAGCAAUUAUUAACGAAACAAGCAAUGAAUCACAUAAGUGAAUCAAAUCAAAGUGGUGGUGGCCUUAAGUCAUCAUCGUCAUCUUCUCUCGCGACAAACAAUUCUUCAAGUCGUGGUAUUGGUAGUGGUGGAAGUGGAUUAGGUGGAACUGGAGGAAGCGAGACAAAGUCUAAAGACACUAAGAGCUCGUCGUCACGCGGCAGUUCUUCAGUGUCUUCAACAAAAGAUGAUAAGUCAUUCGCUUCCUCAAAAUCCUCCUCGUCACACAGAAAAGUAGGCAACAGAUCCCGGUCAAAUUCAAAACAGUCGCAAGUAUCACCUACUAAAUCAACAUCCAAAAUAAUUGAUCGAGAUGCAAGUCCAAUUAGGUCGAAAUCUCGUGAAAAAGAUAACUCUGACACCUCAUCAUCAUCCACAUCCUUACGUACAUCACCCAAUAAAUCCUCAUCUCCUAGCUCAAAGAGCCGUAAGAAGAGUAGUAGUAAAUCGAGAAAGCGUACACCUAGUCCACCCUAUAAAAUUCCCCGAAGAAAUAACGAUUCAAAGUCAUCUAAUUUGUCAAAUUUAACCUCCUCCCUGUCAUCGUCAUCGUCCUCCUCGCUUAGCGGACUGGUUAGUAGCGCCGUUGGUCUUACUGAGGAGGAACAGUCAGGUUCAUUAAUUGUCUCUCCUCCUCAUCCGCCUACUUUUAAAGAAAUACGACCAAAUGCCAGACAGAGAAAUUAUAUUAAACGCAACAAUAAAGAUCUUGGCAGUCAUAGUCCUGAUAAUAAUUCUAGUCAGGAUCUUUCAAAUACUCAGGUUACGUCAGAUCUUUUAAUUCAAUCAGCAGCCAGUAAAGAUGAGGAUUUGCGAGCUGUACUCCCGCCACCGGCCAGCAUCGUUGUUCCGCCUAUCGCUGAAACAAAAGAAGACUUAGAUCUGCGUAUAUUAGCACCACCACCUACUAAUAAAAGACAAAGCUCCGAGCACGGCGAUUCAAAUAAUAAAAAAUCUAAAACUGAAAAAUUUGAUACUUUGUUUGGUAAUGAAGAUGUUGAUUUACGAACACUGACAAAUCCCAAAGCUGGACGACCACCAACUCCACCACCGCCAGUGAUAUCGGGUGAAGAAAAUAAAACAAGUUGGGCAAAAUUAAAGACAACAUUUAAAAAUGACCGUGAUAAACCAACAACUAGUGAUGAUAAACGUGACAGAGAUCGUAAUAAAGAUCGUUCAUCUAGAGGCCGACCGUACAAUAAACCAUCUGAGGACGGUGUUAAAGAUCGUCGACGUCCAUUUAUAAAUGACGAUGAUUCUCGGUCAUCUGGUCGUAGAAAUCGUGACUUUGAUAAAUCGGAUCGCAAUUCGGAGCGUAACAUCGAGAUAAUAAUGAAGCAGGCUGAAGAGCAACGGAAACAAGGUUCUAUUUCCGAAGCUGACUACACCACGUUGAUUCAAGAAGUCUGGCAGAUGAACGAAGACCAAAAACUGAGAGCAGCACAAAGAAAAGAUAGAGAAGUGGGUGCAAGUGUUUGGGAGAAAGGAAUUGACAUUGGAGGUUUCAGUCCAAAAGACGACAUGGGACACCGAGGGAAGGAUCAUCCGCACCCGCGAAACGGACCGCGCUGGCAACCACCAGGACCUUGGCAGCCUCCAGGUCCUUGGGCACCUCCACCUGGACCAACAUUCGGCAAUCCAUUUAACCCCGAUUUCCGAGCGAUGGGUCCGUGGCAAAAUCCACGACAAUUCGGACCAAUGCGACCUGACUUCAAUCAGUUUCACGGUUUCAACUCGGGCAUGGGUCCACGUAUGGGUCCUGGUUUAAUGGGGCCUAUGGGUCCUAAUGGCCCUAUGAUGCCAGGAAUGAUGCCAAACGGACCUAUGGGACCACUGGGUCUACCAAAUCCUGCCAUGGCUAACAUGAAUGGGCCACCUAGUCUUUUAUUGAACGGCCCUCAUCCGCCUCACAAUAAUUUAUUAACUCACGUUCCGCCACCCUCAAGAAAUAUCUCGCCCAACUCAAUGUCCAAGUUCGACAAUGAAGAGACACAAAACUUUAUGGACAAACUUACUAAAGAACACGGCGGUCCAAGCCGCGAACUACCUCUACCUGACCCAAAAUUAUUAGAAGAAAUAGCCAAUGACACAAUGAAAUCAAUAAACAUCGACAAUAUACCUCGUGAAAUUCGUUACUACGGUCAAACUGCUGUUGUGUUUAUGAGCUGGGAUGACCCAAGAGAAAUCGGUUUCCAAAAUGGUUCAAGAAGGAUAAUGAUUGAUGACAAAGACACCAUCACCUGUUCGUUCAACGAGCCUUACAAGGAGUUUAUGUAUGACGGCAAAGUUCACAAGAUAAGACUCGGUGCGCCGACGAGAGAACUAUUUGUUGAUGACAACUGGUACGAGUGUUACUUCGGUGGCCCGCCAGUGCUAGUUGACUUAGGGAACAAAAAAGUAAAUCUUAAAUUAGAAGGACCACCGCCACAAGUUAAAAUUGGUACUGUAAAACGAACUGAUUUAGUUAUAGGUAAAAUAAAUCUUAUUAUUAAUGCUAAGAAUAUGACCCCGGUAUUUGUGGAUUCAAAGCCGCAGAUGUUUGAAAUAGAUAAUCAGCCACAGACACUUGAAUUUGCUGAUUCUCUGGAGACGAUAUUGCUUAAUGGCAGGCCAUUUAAAGUUGAAUUUGGUGGAUUGCCUAAACCAAUUGUUGUAAGAGAUAAAAAACAUUUUAUAAGAUUUACUGUAUUACCUCGAGGAGCGCAUCCGGGGUCUGUUAAAAUUGCUGGUAUGAAAGGCAAGUGUCCAGAAUCAUCUGCUGCUAAUAACAACAAACUAAGUGAUUCUACUGUUCCGAUUCCGGGAGUUGCUAACUCUGAACCCGACUCGACUUCACAGGACGCGUCAGACGUAUCAUUGGCCAAACCAGAUUUGCAAUUAGAUAUGUUGUCAUCGGCGCUUUCCUCUGCAAUGGCACCCUCUUCUGGUCUGUCUUACCAAGCCGAACCAAUGGAAAAACCCGCAGCACCAGCACCAACGCCUAUCCUACCGCUUAAUCUCAACCUCAACGAGCUCUAUCAAAGGCUAGUCGAUACCGGAAUAGUCCCAAGAAAAGGACCUAAAGUCGAGGUGAAGAAACCUGAAGAAGAAGUUAAGAAAGAACCGGAAAUAGCACCAGCCAGCUUAGACAAACCAGAGACACUUAAAAUAGUACGGCCUAUUGGUUCAACUUCGAUGUACGGUGGAAUGCAGUGCAGCUCAUGUGGUGCGAGGUUCGCACCCGAGUUAGCCACCAGGUACAGCCAUCAUCUAGACUGGCACUUCCGGCAAAACCGACGGGGUAGAGAUUCAACCAAGAAAGCCCAGUCGCGUGAGAUCAUGUACGAAAUAAGUGACUGGAAUCAGUUUGAAGAGAUUGAAGACUUGGAUGACAGAGUACAAAGUUGGUUUGAAACCGAGAGACAAUCUGCGGAAACAGUAGGAGCCAACGGUGAAGAUUCAUCACAAGACGCAAUCCCACCAAGUGUGCCUUCAAGCAGCGACGAAAAUUCUCGGUGUCAAGUAUGCCAUGAUGCUUUUGAUCAGUUUUUCAAUGAAGAAAAAGACGAGUGGCAUUUGCGGCCAGCUGUUAGCUUCGAGGAUAAAAAUUACCACCCACUUUGUCUCGAGGAUCACAAGGAAAAGUGUCUCGCGCGCGCUUUGGAAAAAUCAGCAUUGAAUGAGUCUAUGAAUGAAGAUGAAGAUAACAACGACGAAGUAAGAGAUGAAGAUUCAAUAGAGCAUUCGAAAGACGAAGACAUCCCAGAGCUUGAUGCUAAUGACGAACAAGUUGAAGCCGAAGAAGAAAAAAUUGAGGAAGAAGAAGAGCUCAAAGAUGACAACACGAUUGAGGAAGUGUCUGAAGACACUAAAGACAGUGUCAAAGACAAUGUUGACGAGAAAAUGGUAACAGAUAAUGUUGAAGACGAGAAAGAAAUAAAAGAAGCUGACGUUAAUGAAGAUGUCACUGAUAAAUUAAAAGUUUCUGAGCAACCAGAAGAACAAGAAAUUAAGUCUGAUGAAGUUAAAUCCGAAGAAAUGGUGACAGAGUCUUUGGACAUUGAUGUCAAAGUCAAGGAAGAGCCGAUGGAUGUCAAUGAAACGGAAAUAAAUUGGGACAAUGUUGAAGUUAAAAAAGAACCAGUUGAUACUGAGCCUGAACCUGAAGAGACUCAAGUAGCGGAAAUCGGGGCUGUGGUAGAUACGACCCUUACUGCAGUAACGAGUUCAAUGGACGGCAACGUUGAAUUAGAAUCAACUCCAGCGACGCUGCCCACCGCGUCAACGCGAAUAAAAAUAAACAUCUCGAAGCCAAUUGUUGUAAAUAGAGAACCAGAGGAACCGAAACAAAAACCUCCAGCACCUGAAGCGCCUAGUGAAGAAGUACAGGAAAAAAUUUUGAAACCCAAGGCAAUCAAAGCACCACUAAAAGGUAGGAAACUUUCUACCUUGCCUGCCGUUCAAAGAGGCCAAGAACUCUCGGGGCUUUGUUCAAUAAUGUAAAUAAUAAUAAUAGUAAUAAUUAUUUAUUAAGUUUGGGUAUUGACAAUACUGCCAGAUAGUAUCGCAAAGUCGUUUUAAAUAAAAGCCAGAAAGUAUUUUCAGUGGCUGGCUCUCGCGUUGUAAACAAAAAAUUUAUUUAAUCUGAUCGGAUAUAUAUUAGAUCAAUAACGAUUUAAUAUAUGUAUAUAUUAAUUGUAAAACUUGUAUGGCAUGAAGUUUAGUUAUUUGUACACAUCAUAUUCAUUUUUUCUACUUUUCUUUUUCAUUCGCCUCCACAUUAUCAUUUUUUUAAAAAUUUCAUUUAAUUAAUUGACGUUGGUUUAUUUUUUUCUAAUUUUUCUUCAUUUUUUAAAAAUAUUUAAAUAGAAGCAACGACACAUCAAGUCAUACAAGUUAAUUACGCGAAUAAUAAUUAACAAUUGUACAAGUCGAUAUUAAUUUGUUUAUCUUAUUUUUAUUUUUUAUUUAUAAUUGUUAUAUAAAAAAGCUGGAGAGAUAUCGAGUAAGUAAAUUAAAUUAAUGAGAGAGUGAGUGAACGAUUGUGAUUAUUUUUAAUAGACUAAUCGGAGUGAGUGGCGGAAGAUUCAAAAGAUACUUUAACUUGUACAUAAUUUAAUGAUAAUUUAAAUCUCGGUACAGUGACUAGAUCAUCGAGAUUUAUAAAUUUAAUGAAGAAGAGUAAUAGAUUAACGAGAGAAAUAAAUAAUUAAGUUAUUUAAAUAAAAUCAUUCCGCGUAGUAUAUGUGCAAUUAGAGUACUUGAAACAACACUAUGUGUCGUGUUAAGUAACACAAAAAAAUGCACAAUUAUUAUAAACUUAAAAUUUCAUACCAUUUGUACUUUGUAAAUUAAUUGAAAAGUAUCGUAGGUCUUUUUUAAUUUUUACAUCGAUUUAAAUAUAUAUAGAUACAUAUAUAUAUAUAUUUAUUUUCAAUUGUUAUUAAUGAUAAUGUGUAAGCAAACGAUAUUGUUACCUUGAGACAAAACGAAAACAAAAAAAAUUUAUAUGAAUGCAUUGGAAAAACG